AGAUGGCCAGGACAAUGCUCGCGGAGAAGAACAUGCCAAAAGAAUUUUGGGCAGAGGCUAUAUACACUACAGUCUACCUACUCAACAGGUGUCCUACUAAAGUAGUCCAAAAUAAAACUCCAAUAGAAGCUUGGAGUGGACAAAAACCGUCAGCCCAACAUUUACGAGUCUUUGGGAGUAUCUGCUACGUGCACAUCCCAAAGAAAAAGAGGCACAAACUUGAGGAGAAAUCCGAGAAAGGCAUAUUCCUUGGCUAUGC